UUCCAGCAAUGAGUGUAUUUGGGAAGAUAUUUGGUGGCAGUAGAAAACAGCAGACACCAUCAGCAACCCCACAGGAAUCUAUACAAAAAUUGCGGGAAACCGAGGAAAUGCUAGUGAAGAAGCAAGAGUUCUUAGAGAAAAAAAUAGAAGCUGAAGUUGCAUCGGCAAGAAAACAUGGAACGAAAAACAAGAGAUUGGCUUUGCACGCACUGAAACGGAAGAAACAGUUUGAGAAGCAGUUGCAGCACAUUGAUGGUGUCUUAUCAACGAUCGAGUUCCAACGCGAAGCUUUAGAAAAUGCGUCAACAAAUGCCGAAGUGUUACAAGUAAUGGGUUCUGCUGCAAAGGCCCUUAAAACUGCACAUAACGAUAUGGAUGUAGAUCAGGUACACGACUUAAUGGAGGAUAUUGCCGAACAGCAAGAGGUUGCUAAUGAAAUUGCUGAAGCAAUUAGUAAUCCAGUUGGUUUUGGUCAAGAUCUGGAUGAAGAAGAAUUGCUCAAAGAACUGGAAGAACUGGAGCAGGAAGAGCUUGAUAAGCAGCUUCUAGAUGUUGGACCGACACCAGCAUCUGUAUCAGCCUUACCUGAAGCCCCGAUUGCUGAACUUCCAGUCUCCGGAAAGAAGACUGCUGCCAAAAAGCAGCAAGAGGAUGAUGACUUGGCCGAGUUAGAAGCUUGGGCAAACGCUUGAUCAGUUGAUAAUUAACUGACUAAUUGUUUCUUCUACUAUGUUGUUUUCAGUUUUCCACCUUUAUCUUUAUCACCAGCAUCUGCUUUUCCGGUCACUGUAAUGGUAGUUCAACUUUACUAUUAUUUAUAUCACAGAACCAUAAGUAUGUAAUUCUGAGUGAAAGAUAAGUUCUUGUAGAUAUAUGUGGUUCGAACCGUUUAUGCUUAUUCUCAUUUUUUCACGGAUAUUUCCUGAUAGCUGUUUUAGCAGACACAACUUUUUUUAGUCAUAUUGGGCUGUUCAAUAUCGUCUGUUCGAUUAAAGUAACAUCUUUGAACCAUAUUGCUUGCUGAGUAUCUGCUCUGAUAAUGUAGCCCUAUGAAGCUUGGUUUUUGACCUUUCCUUAUUGGCACAAACAAAUGAAUUAUGCACUAAUAUCUUAAUAAUAUAUUGCAUAUAAAAUAAUGUAUAGAACUUCAGAUACUUCAUAACUGUUUUUUUUCGUUACGGCUGUCUAAAAUGCAAUCAGUGUCAUGUAUUCUUUUCAGUGAAGAAUAAGUAUAUGCUUUUUCUUUAAUUCCACAUUUUUUGAAAGUUAAAAUCACUUUAUGGAUAACUGUACACCUUCAUUGUAUCAUAUGUAACAGAUAAGAACUUGUUGAGCUGUCUGUUCCUAUAAUAUAGACUGGACUAUUACUGCUACUUUCUGAAUUAACUCAUAUCUUCAUCUCUUGAAAUGACAUAGGCAGAAAUUGCAUAUUUCUUUUCAGAAUUCAAGUCACUGAUCAGAAUUUAAUAUUCGGUGUCAUAACAAUGUUAGUCAUUCCUUUUGAACUGUAGCAUCCGAUGUGAAUUGAUUGUGGUCGUUUUCAAAACAGCUUGUGGCGAUGGUUGAAUGGAUUAUAUUCUUUAGUGCAAACAGAAGGUCAUGGGUGGGUAAUGCGUAAAGAAAC